GACGUCGCUCCAGUGGGAUGGGAGCUUGACGUUGGAGCGCGAGCGCUUUUCACAUACCAACCGGGAGAGAGAGGAGAGCGAGCGCACAGCAGUGCCAACCAUGGUCAGCGAUUUGAGAGAACACUGUGGAAUCAACCGGGAGGGACAACAUCAAAACAUGGAAUGCGACCCAGCAACAUUGUAUCUUUCCUGUCUGCCUGAAGUUAUUUUUCUCCUCGACCACUGAAGAAGAGGAGGAGGGUUGUCGUUUACGAAUUGGAUUCCAGAGCACCCUCUCUCAUCCUCUCUUCCUCUCUCUCUCUCUAUCUCUCUGUCUUUCUUCGGGUCUCCCUAUAUUCGCAUUGAAAAGUCACAGAGUGGAAAGGAUAUUUUGGGUUAUUGGAAUUAUAGUUGUUCUGAAAAUAAUUUUCUGGGAACAUCGUAUUGGAUGAGAACCUGUGAGCAUCAUGAGUACCAGUGCCUAUCAGCAGGCCUCUUUGGGCGGUGAGCGGAGCACUGGACCAAUCCGGUGCCAGCGUUGUCGGGAGGCGUGUAAGGGAGAGGUGGUGCGCGUUCAGGACACACACUUCCAUGUCAAGUGUUUCACCUGCACAGUGUGUGGGUGUGACCUGGCUAGAUCUGGGUUCUAUCAGAAGAGUGGUGAGUACAUCUGUACAUCAGACUACCAGCGUCUGUACGGGACGCGUUGUGACCGCUGUGAUGGAUUCAUCACCGGGGAGGUGGUCUCUGCCCUGGGGAGGACCUACCACCCUACCUGCUUCGUCUGCAGUGUCUGCAGGAAGCCAUUCCCUAUCGGAGACAGAGUGACGUUCAGUGGGAAGGAUUGUGUAUGUCAGCAGUGUUCUCACACACUUGUCACCUCCAACGAACCAAUCAAGAUCCACGGACCCAGCCACUGUUCAGGGUGUGGAGAGGAUAUAAAACAGGGACAGUCUCUGCUGGCGUUGGAGAAACAGUGGCAUGUCAGCUGCUUCAAGUGUCAAACCUGCAACAUGGUCCUCACUGGGGAAUACAUCAGCAAGGACAACGUGCCGUACUGUGAGUCUGAUUACCACGCCCAGUUUGGGGUUAAGUGUGAGACAUGCAGCAGAUACAUCAGUGGACGGGUACUGGAGGCAGGGGGGAAACACUACCACCCUACCUGUGCCCGCUGUGCCCGCUGUCACAUGAUGUUCACAGAGGGAGAAGAAAUGUACCUGCAUGGUGGUGAGGUGUGGCACCCUUUGUGUAAGCAAGCAGCCAGAUCAGAGAGAAGAAUCAGGCACAGACGUCUGUCAGAGACCUCCAUCUCUCCACCGGGCUCGUCAAUUGGCUCUCCCAGUCGUGUCAUCUGUUCACUUGGGACUCUCUAUUCUCAGAAGCUGUAUGACAGUGUAGACAUGAAACAGAGACAGUGUUCCAAUCCCGGCUACAUGGACUCUCCCUCCUUCAGCCGUCAAGCCAUGUCUCCCAUCAUGCCUUGCUCACCGCAGCACUAUGGACACCCCGUGCUGGCUGCAGGCUCUGAGAGUGGCAGGAGCUCACCCUAUUACGGCUCGCUGGAGGGACGGCCUAGUUCUUCUACCACAUACCACGCCCCCAAGCAUUUCCAUGUGCCAGCCUCAGGCGAACCCAACAUCUACCACAAACCUCCCAUCUAUAAGAGAAUGGCCACCAAAAGCAGGACCAGCGAAGAUCUAAUCACAUCCUCCAGACUGUCUACCUACUCUCCAGGACCCUACACACAGUCAGAGUCUGACUCCUAUCCCUAUCCCAGAUCCCCUAAAGUUCUCUGUACUCCUAGAAGAAGGUACUCUACAGGAGGAGAUGAAGAGAGCUGGAGUCACAGCAGUCUUCAAAGAAUUCAGAGUGGUAUAGGGAGGAUGAUCCUAAAGGAGGAGAUGAAAGCUAGAUCUGGUUGCUAUGACAACGACCCUUGGGGCAGCACUCGGAACUCCCGCAGCGGCAGCAAGGAGACUCUCACCACUGCCAGCUACAACAGCACCGGCUACAACAGUACUGUUAAUGGCUCUCCUCGAUCCAAUUACAGCCUAGACAAUGAUUCGUACAAAUCAGCCUCUCUACCAGGAUACAGGCGGAACAGUGUCAACAGGCCCCAGAGUGCAGCCGCAGACUACUACCAACAGUAUGACAGCAGCAGUGAAGUCAACUGGGGAACCAGAGAAUACAAGGUUUACCCGUAUGAAGCGCUGAUCGUGACCACCAGGGGGCGACACAGAGUGCCUAAAGAUGUGGACAGAGCCAGACUAGAGCGUCAUCUGAGUCCCGAGGAGUUCCUACAGGUGUUUGGGAUGACCGUGGCAGAGUUUGACCGGCUGGCUCUCUGGAAGAGGAAUGAAAUGAAGAAACAGGCCCGACUCUUCUAACCAUGGAGCGAGAGAGACAAUUAGAGGAAAUUGAGAAAGAGAAACUGUUCUAAUUAAAGAAAGACAGACUGUUAAUGACAACAGAGAUAGAUAGAGAGAAACAGACUGUUAAUGACAACAGAGAUAAAGAGAGACAGACUGUUAAUGACAACAGAGAUAGAUAGAGAGAGAGAGAGAGAGAGACAG